GUAAUUACUAUAAUUAGUAACAGCAUCCUGUUUCUCUGGACUUAUAUAGUGUGGCUUGAGCAAUGGAAGCGCUUCAUUUGGUGGACAAAAUGGAUCUAAAAGUAAUCCUGCUAGCGGUGCUCGCCAUCUCGGCAAGUGCAGAGAAGUAUGAGCUUAUGGUGGCGGAUGAGGAGGUGUUUCACAGCUGUCCUGAUCCUGAGCCCGGCACCCUCGACAUAUAUGGUUUGGCCGAUCUAUCGGAGCUCUCAACGACCAUGGAUGCUGAUGGUGUAACCCUAACCGGAAAUGCGACUCUUAGGUGGGACGUUCAACCAGAGGAUCGCAUAGAGAUGAGCGCCAAACUGUUGUACAUGGACAGAGGGACCUGGACGCCAACAGUGUUCUCGCUGCUUUCAAAGGACUUCUGCAAAGUUAUGUACGACAAAAACCAGUUGUGGUACAAAUACUGGACUGGUCAUAUUAUCAAUGACGUAAAGAAUUGUAUAAAUGUUGCCGGUGUGAGUACAAAAUUUACUCUUGCAUUAUAUACAUUAUUCAUUUCGCUUAAAUAUUCUGCAUUACAGACAAAAUAUAUACAUGAGAAGUAUGUGCUUAGUUUGACCGCAACUGCUAUGGGGCCAGUUACCGAAGGUCGCUACAAAGCCAACAUAGUGUUCAGAGCCUACGAUUCUUCCGGGGAGCUGAGGCCGACUCGCAUUUGCGUAGAAGUUCAGGGCGAUUUAUCCAAAGUCAGACGAUCGAAGCCCUUUUAAUAGAAGCUGUCCAAUUUGGGUGUCUUGCAAGAAAUGAUUAGAUGUUUACUAAAAUAUGUACGAAAUUUAUUAUUGGUGUGAAGCGUACAAAUUAAAGAUCUAUCAUUAUGUUUCUAUAUAUAAUCGUUUAUAUAUACACUCAAAUACACUUACGGGCUAUGCAAAAAUCAGCUUACGUCAAUUACUUAAACAAAUGUAGCGUCAUACUCUUAAUAACCUACGGGACACAAAC